AUGGACCUGAUUGGUGACGAACGUGUCGUUAGUGGCACCGUAAAGCGUGCGUAUCCAUUACAGUUACUACAUCGGACAUGUGGUACUACCUCUUUAGGUGGCGGAGAAUUGGGCACAUUUGGUCCUGGCGUGGGGCCAUGCGGACGGGACGCAUCAGAAUUGACGGCUGUCGUAGUGGAAAACCAUAUCCUUCUUUGCUACAAAUAG